AUGCAGCAACCCAGAUCCGCUCUCUCGCCCCUUCCCGACAUCGUGCGCGGCCCAUCUGCACCGCCGCGACUACCACCUCGCGCUUCCCCACCACCGCCUGCUCCAGACUUCCUCGUCAUCGGCUUGUUCGCCCUGCGACUCACCAAGCGGUUGAUUGAAAGCCUCGAGUACUAUCCCGGUCGUGAUGCUGACAUCAUCUGGCUCGUUAACUUCCUCUCGCCCUUCCACAAUGAAUACGAACUAGCCAAGAUCUCAGGUGCUCGGAGAGAUGACUAUCUCGCGACGUAUCAGAGCAUUGUUUCACGGAUGAAGAAGCAGCCAAAGUACCCUAUGCGGUUCAUGCAGAUGAAUCCGGAUCAAUCGGCGCAGCCAGCAAGGCGAGGCAGCGAGAUGGAGCGACCGAGGGACAUGACCGAUGCUGAGCGACUGGAGAUCAUCAACUUCUGCGAUGCAGCAGGCGAGUGGGGAUCCAUCCUCCCGAUACCAGCGCGUGAAGCAGAGAGAAUGGUCGAGCUAGCUGACCGAAGAAAGAUCGCCGAUCUCGAAGACUCUCGUCGGCAACGACCGCAAUACGAAGAUAGGGAGGAGUCACGAGAUCGAAUGCAAUCACGGCGCGAAGAUAGAGAGGAGCUGAGGUCAGGCAGCCGGAACGCGAGGACAGAUAUGGACUACACAAUACUGGGGCGUGGCGUGGCGACGAAUAUCUUCCGCCUGAUGAAAGGCAACAGCCAGUGGAUACGAGAAGGAGACGGCGGGUAUCCUUCGCGGACGAUAGGCAGUACUACGAGGUAA